GUUUACAAAGUAAUUAAUAUAUAAAGUAAAAGAAAUUCGCAGUAAAAGUUUUUGAUAAAAAUAAACUUUAUGAAUAAGAAAAAGGAUUGUUAUCUAUCUUUAAUGAAUUAAAAAUAAUGAGAGAUUUAACAACAAGUUAAUAUAUAAUAAAACUUUUUGAAGUAUUUUAAAGUAAAGAUUAAUUUUUUUUUGUAUUGGAAUUAAUUGAAGGAAUCAAAUUAUAAGAUUAUAUUGAUAAUUAAAAAAAAUUGCCUGAAUAUGAAAUAAAAAGAAUUUUAUACAUGAUUUUAAAAGGCAUAUAAUAUUUGCAUUAAAAAAAUAUUAUACACAGAGAUCUAAAAUUGGAAAAUAUUAUUUAUUAAAAAGAAACCUAAACUCUAAAAAUUAUUGAUUUUGGAUUAUCAACUUAUACCUAUGAUAUUCCUUAUAUAUUUCCAAAAUGUGGAACACCAGGAUAUGUAGCUCCUGAAAUAGCAAAUUAAAUUGAUAAAAAUUUAGCUUAAAAUUGUAUAAGUGAUAUUUUCUCAACUGGUGUUAUUUUCCAUAAUUUAUUAUUUGGUGAAAAUUUAUUUAAAGGAGUUAAAUUUAAUCAUGUUUUAGCAAAAAAUAAAGAUUGUGUAAUUAAUUUUUAGGAAUAAAAAUAUGAUAAUAUAAGUCCUGAGGCAAAAGAAUUACUUAAAUGGUUUUUGUAAAAAGAUCCUUAAAAAAGAAUACCAUGUUAAGUUGCUUUGGAUUUGCUUAAUCCUUUAUUAGGUAAGCUUCCAUAAAUAUUUUCUUGGAAAGAAUCAUAAAUAAAAUUCUUUACAGGAUUAGUAAAUUCUUCUAAUUCAGCUGGAGCUGCUUUAGGAUCUAUCUCUGCAGGUUAUUUUAGUGCAUUAUAUGGAAGAAGAACCUUAUUUAUGAUAGGAGAUGUUUUUUGUAUAAUAGGAUCAGGAUUAGGCUUAAUAUAAAAUACUGCCUCACUUGUUUUAGGAAGAUUUAUUUAGGGAAUAGGAAUGGGUAUAUUAGUUAAUUUGGCCAUUUUAUUUAUUGUAGAAUGGACUUAUUAUAAAUAUAGGGGAUAUGCAGGUGCUCCUAUGGUUUGCUUUACUCCUUUAGGAUUUAUUUUUUCAUCGUUGUUAGGAUUAAAUACUGAGAAUGUAAGCGAUUAAUAUUGGAGAAUUGUUUUAGGGAUUCCUGGUAUUAUUUCAUGUGUUGGAUUCGGAUUAAGUAUUUCACCAAUCUAUCCUGUGGUGCUUUCGGAAAAUUUGCCUGAAGUUGGAUAUAUGAUUACUAGUAUUUUAUUUUGGGGACUUAAUACUGGGAUAGUGUAAUUUUUCCCUAUUUUAGUUGACAGUGAAUUGAAAUUAUAUGGAAUUUUUUGGAUGUUUGGGGGAAUUAUGCUUAUUAAUUUUUUCCUGACUAUAGGUUAUAUGAAAGAAACUAAAGGAAAAAGUUUAAUUUAAAUUGAUAAUAUGUAUAAUUUGAGCGAAAAUAAAAAUGAUAUUUUACCAAAAAAUUAUAAUAUUUAGGAUGAAUAAAAAUCAUCUGAAGGUUAUAUUUGA